AUGGACUCAGGUAAAGAGGUUGAGGAAUCAUCAACAGCUCCCAUUCUAGAAUCCAAGAGGACAAGAAGCAAUGGCAAAGGGAAAUCCAUUGAUGUUGGGGAUGCUCCUCCACCUGCAGUUGUUGUUACCACAAAAGCUACUCCACUUCGUAAAGGUGGAAUGAAAAGGGGAAUAGCAAUCUUAGACUUCAUUCUCAGGCUUAGUGCCAUUGGUUCUGCUCUUGGUGCUGCUGCUCUUAUGGGGACUAAUGAACAAAUACUCCCAUUCUUCACUCAGUUUCUUCAGUUUCAUGCUCAAUGGGAUGAUUUUCCAAUGUUUAAGUUUUUUGUGGGAGCAAAUGCAACAGCAGGUGGAAUUCUCGUCCUCUCCUUACCAUUCUCAAUUGUCUGCAUUGUUAGACCACAUGCAACUGGACCACGUUUUCUACUUGUGAUCAUUGAUUUAGUGAUGAUGGCGUUAGUUGUUGCAGCUGCUUCAGCUGCUGCAGCUGUUGUGUUCUUAGCACAUAAUGGAAGUCAAGAUGCUAAUUGGAAUGCCAUUUGUCAACAGUUCGCUGAUUUUUGCCAGGGUUCAAGUUUGGCUGUGAUUUCUUCUUUUGUUGCUGCGGUUUUCUUAGCUUGUUCGAUUGUGGUGUCUUCAGUGGCUCUGAAAAGGAGUUAA